ACAUUUGUUGGAUCCACUAGCUAGCAAUGCUAACGUAGCUACAGUAGUAGCUAGCUAACGUUAUUUUUUGUCCACAACCUACAGUACCAUUAGCCAGCAGAUCCGAACUGAUUUCUUACAGUUGCACUAGGGUCGGACAUACUCCCUGUGUAGAUUACAGGGUUUAUGUGUUCUCUGAAUUGUUCCAUUAUCCAAACUAUUACAGCGAGAAGAUUGAACAAGAUCUGCUAGUUUUGCCGAAAAUCUGUCAAUUUCGCACUCAUGCUAGAAGCCACAGCAGCAAUUUGGAAUGGCAAUGUCAGCCAAUCAGCUCCUUUGUUCAACAGCACGUUCCAUUCCAUAAUGGCUGCCAGUGCUGUGGCUACCGCUAUCUAGCAUGUGGACGAAAAUCAGCAAAUCGUUCAAUCUUCUCGGUGUAACAGUUGGGAUAGUGGGACAAUUUGAAGUACAACACAUUUCUCAUCCCUGGAUUGAGGGGCAGAGUGAACUGUCAUCCUCUUCUUCCAGAGUGCGUCAGAAGCUGGAGAGCCUGCUGAACAAGAACAUGAGAAUCAGAAUGACAGACGGACGGACGCUGGUGGGACUGUUCUUGUGCACAGAUAGAGACUGCAACGUCAUCCUGGGGUCCGCUCAGGAGUUCCUCAAAUCCUCAGACUCCUUCUCCCAGGGUGAGCCCAGAGUGCUGGGGUUAGCCAUGAUUCCCGGCCACCACGUGGUCUCCAUCGAGGUGGAGUCAGACACCCUGGCCGACACACAGGGGUUCGGGGGCAGCCACUGAAGAACAAGCUGAGCUCACCCAAAGUCGGAGGACACAAUCCUAGAAAAGGCUACAGUACAGACUUGAAAUGGGAGAAGUCAAUCAAGGGAAUUCCAGAUGUGGCUGAUUUCUGGUGCCAGUGUCGUGGGUUUACCAGUCAGAGCCAAGAUAGGUGCGAAAUGUAACCAAGCAUCCCCAGUGACAUUAGUGUGUAUGAAGGGUAUUUGCGCAAUAAGGGGCAUGGGACUGAGCCAGACGGUACAGUAUAUGUCAGUGUGAUAAAUGUUUUUCAAUACAUUUCAGUAUUUAAA